CCUGUAGCUGAGAUUCUCUUUUGGUGGUGGUUAGCAGCUCUUGCGUACACUACAGAACAUGUUAUUGAAUGCGAAGCCAGGAGGCACGUGAGAGGUACAUACCAAGCUGUUGCUUGGAAAUUAUGCACAUUGUCAUUGCCAAGAUGCAGUUAAACCUGUAGUUUUGUGAGCAGGGUUUGUAUGAUAAUUUAAAGUUUACCUGAAGUAUUGGAGCGUCUCUCAUCUACUUCCUCCUUACAAAGCCAAGGCUUUUGCAUUUGCAGCCACCAACAGGCAGCCUGCUAACCCAUGGGAACACUGACAGACUGAAUGGAUUGUACCGAGCACCUACAUAUCCAGUAAGGCCACAAAGGGAGAUAAUUGCCUGACUUUGGCACUGUGAAAAGCAACUUUAAGCCUACCUUUUCUCAGUUGACUAAAAGGGAGGUCUUUAACUCAUCAGUCAGAUAAUAGAGAACAACUGAAAAGACCUUUGAAAAUGCUGUGGAUAUCGAGUCUCCCAAUUACAUAUCUCUCUCUUCUGCUUCUCCCAUGCUUCCCUGGCCAGAAUGGUGGAGAAAAUGAACAGUCAACAGACAUUAUCAGUGUUUGGGAAGGAGACUCCAUCAGCAUAACUUGCUCACUGGAAGGUUCAGGAAAUGAAGUGGGAGUGUACUUGACAACUAGAAUACAGCCAGUCAAUGUGUUAUAUCUUUCCAAGUGGAAUACUUCAUAUAUCCUUCCUGCUUUGGCUAAUCGCACCAGGUAUUCAAAGGAAGGAAGGAAUCUCCGGAUAACUCUGCACAAUGUGCAGGAAUCUGAUUCCAAUAUCUACCUAUGCUCUAAUAUUGUUAAAAACAAAGGCCAUCAUAAAAAGCUGAAUGGGAAGACAACCAUAGUAGUGGUGAAAGCAAAAACCAGUGGAGUUGUUGAACAGUCACCACUCUAUGUCAAUCCUCAGCAAGGCCAGUCUAUCACCAUUACCUGUGCAUUGAAAAGCUUGCAUGAAGAUGAAGGGAUCCUCUUGCUCAAGACUCACAUGCAACCUGAAAGAGUGUUGUAUGUUUCAAGUCAGAACGUUUCAACUAUUUUUCCUGCUUUUGCUAAUCGCUUGGAGUAUUCAAAGCAAGAAAAGAAAAUAGCGAUAACUCUACACAACUUAUGGAAAAACGACAGCGAUAUAUAUGUGUGUGCUGGGGUGGCGAAAAAUUCCUCUUUCCUCUCAGUGAACAGAAGCGGCACCAUGAUGCUGAUUAAAGAAGUGGAGCAGACAGACUGCAGUAAUAGUUCCUGGGGCAUCUAUAGUCUUAUCAUCAUGCUAGUGCUACUGUUAUCUGUGGUGAUAUGCUGCACCUCGUACCGUGUCUAUAUGAAGAAAUAUUCCCAGAAAAAAAACCCAAAUGCAGUAUAUGAAGAUAUGUCCUACAGUUCUAGACGUAACACCUUGGUCAGAACCAACACUUACACUAGUGGCAAUUAAGCUUCUGCCAGCUGGGACUGUGCGUGGAUCGACCAUUCCUUUACAUGCCUCUGAGAGCUGCUUUAGCAACCUGAUGCAGUAGUUGAACUGAAAAUACUACCAUCUACCUUCUUCACUGGAAAGAAAAACUGGCCACAUGAGCCAAAGCUAUUUCUGCUUUUUUGACCAUUUGUGAAUAUAUUAAUUUUUUUUAAGGUAUAGAAAAUGUAGAGAAAUGCAAAUACCCUGUGCAUGUGUUUGCAGUGUAGUGUGGAAAGUAGUAUUUUUGGACUAUGCAUUUGGCUGGUAUGGGCUCAUUUCUUUGAUUGAUAAAUAUAACCCUUUCAGGGAAGGUGGGCUGGAUUGAAAGGCCUGGUUAUGACCUUUGGUAAGUGCUCAGGAAGAACAUAACAGGCCUGUUUAGUAAUAUGCAUGGAUUACAGUUCUUUUAUAAAUCCUCGUGUGUCUGCCCAAGAGCUCAGGUAGCUAAAACAACUCAAGAAUUACAGCAAAGAAAUCUCUUCUGAAGAGAAUUCAGAAACUUUGUGGCAGAGUGAAGUGCUAGAUAUGUAUGGGCUUACCUAUUCAAAGAUCAUAAUGGUCCCACAAAAAUGCAAUCCAGUCUAAAUUUUAAAUUACUGCCUUUGUCAGAAAUACUGGCAUGACUGGUGUGGGUCUUGAUAUGAUUGACAUGCAAAAUUACUAGUCUUGGGGCAUGAUGGCUUUGUGGGACAGCAGAAAUAUUUGUGACAUGCUGGUGUUUUCUCAAACUCCAGAUGUCUUAGAACUGCACAGCAGAAUGCAUUUCUCCAGGUCAAUGACUCUGCAUUGUACAGUACGAGGUGGACUGAUCUGGGAUAAAGCCAAUGCCUGCAUUCCAGUCUGGGCACGGGUGAGUCUGAUCCCAAAUCACUCUUAACAAAAGAAUUUAUCAAAACCUCACAUCAGUCAAGUAGAAACUAAAUUUGGUUUAGUAACAGCUUAGACCAGGUUGUUACGAUGAGCUUAACCCUCCUCUAGCCAAAGAAGGGCUGCAGCUUCCUCCAGGGCUGUUUUGGUUCUGCAGAGCUGGGUCCACUGUGGAAAAUCAAUAAUCUUGCAUGCCCAGAGGAAUAUCAAAUUGCGCUGUUAUGAGGCAGGAUUGGCAGGGUUGGCUUGUGGUUUCUGGGCACAGGCUGAGACUAGAUUUUUUUCUUUAUUGAUGUAUUUGUUUAGUUUUUUGAAGGAUUAGGGCUGGCUUUCCAUUGAUGAGACCACAUAGCUGGAGGGGAUCUCUGCCGAGAUCUCAGCUUGCCGAGCCAGGCCUGCCACUCGGGAGAGCCCGUUUCCCUCCAAAUGUCACUUGUGAAACGCUGUGCACCAGAUCCGAGGGAGACAUCUGCUCGCUCGGGUGGCUGGUGCAGGGAUGGGUUUACCUUGUAAGCAAAGAGGUGUCUGUUGAUUGCAGAGCUUGCAAUCUCCACAUAGCUGUACCUGAAUGAAAUUAUGUUUGUGGCUGGGGCUUUGUACAGUUGCUCAAUAUUUUUAUAUAUGUAUUAAAGACUAUUUCAUAUAUCUUGCAAAUGAA